AGUUCAGUGGAUAAAUCCCCCCACACACUCAUACACACACAUACACACUCUCUCACACACUCCCUCACACACACGCUCACUCCCUCAGUACGCAGACACGCUGAAUAUAUGAGAGAUUAGAGUGUGAUGAGGAAAGCCGGGGCAGUCUCACCUCCUUCAGCUCUGGAUCUGUACUCGUGUUUAUCAGCUGUCUGAAGACUCCAGAGAGACCGCAGCGGAGAGACAGACAGACAGAAAGGCAGACUGAAUGAGUGACCGAGUGAAGAGUCAGGAGAGGGGCUAGCUAAGUGCUGCAGUUAUAGUAGAAGGUUAUCUCCUCCUAUGAAGAAUCCUGGAGAACCGCAGAGGCAGACCCUGCCAGUUCCCGUGUCCAGACCCCAGUGUUCUCCUGACAGCAUGCUCUUCUGCUGGACCAGGAUGACCCGUCUCUCUCCAGUGUGGAAGGGGCUGCUGGUGAUGCUGCUGCUCUUCAGUCUGCCGAAUGCAGACUGCACAAAGGAGAGUGUACCCAGGGUCAAGCUCGGCUAUAAAGAGUUGCUUCACUCUGGCAGUGUGGUGCCAUUUGUGGGCUCCAGUGAUGGAAUGCAGUUCCAGACAUUCCUAUUGGAUGAGGAGAGGAGCCGACUGCUUCUGGGGGCCAAAGAUCACAUCUACCUACUGGACCCAGACAACAUCAACAAGCACCCCAGAAAGCUGAGUUGGCCAGCUCCCAGAGAGAGGGUGGAUAUGUGCGUUCUGGCAGGCAAAAACCCACAUACUGAAUGUGCUAAUUUUGUUCGAGUUCUGCACAACUAUAACCGCACCCACGUCUACACAUGUGGCACUGGAGCCUUCCACCCGACCUGUGCCUUUCUGGAGGUCAGGGGACACAAAGAGUUAAAAGAUGGCUGGCUCCACCUGGUCAGCAGCAGUAUGGAGUCCGGAAGACUAAAAUGCCCUUUUGAUCCCCACCAGCCUUUUGCUUCAGUUCUGACUGAUCAGUAUCUGUAUGCUGGUACAGCGUCCGAUUUCUUGGGGAAGGACAGCACAUUUAGCCGUUCUCUGGGUCCUCCUCCAGACCAGCAUUACAUCAGAACCGACAUCUCCGAGGCUUACUGGAUCAAUGAGGCCAAGUUUAUAGCGGCUCAUCCGAUCGCAGACACCUUCAACCCCGACGACGACAAGAUUUACUUCUUCUUCCGCGAGACGUCCCGCGACACGAGCACCAUGGACAAAGGCGUGCUGUCCCGCGUGGCCCGUGUCUGCAAGAAUGACGUGGGAGGCUUGAGAAGUCUGACCAACAAGUGGACGACGUUCCUCAAGGCCCGCCUCGUGUGCUCCAUUCCAGGAACAGAUGGAGUGGAUACACACUUUGAUGAGCUCCAGGACAUCUUCAUGCUCCCCAGUCGAGAUGAGAGGAACCCCAAGGUGUACGGAGUGUUCACCACUACCAGCUCUAUAUUUAAGGGCUCAGCAGUGUGUGUGUACAAUAUGGAGGAUAUCCGUGCUGUGUUUAACGGGCCGUACGCUCAUAAGGAGGGACCGGACCAUCGCUGGGUGGAAUAUGAGGGAAGAAUUCCAUACCCAAGGCCAGGCACGUGUCCGAGUCGCACUUACGACCCGCGCAUAAAGACCACUAAAGACUUCCCUGAUGAUGUCAUCAGCUUCAUCCGCGUGCACCCGCUGAUGUACCACUCCGUGUACCCGAUCACGGGCCGGCCCGUCUUCACCAGGGUCAACACUGAGUACCGGCUCACUCAGAUCGUAGUAGACCGGGUCUCUGCUGAGGAUGGACAGUAUGCAGUCAUGUUCUUGGGAACAGAUGUUGGUUCGGUUCUGAAGGUGGUCAGCAUCACUCAGGAAAACUGGGCUACAGAAGCGGUUGUACUGGAGGAACUGCAGGUGUUCAAGAAUCCUUCACCCAUCCUCAGUAUGGAAAUCUCAUCGAAACAGCAGCAGCUGUUUGUUGGAGGAGGGGACGGCCUGGUGCUGGUGGCCCUGCACAGGUGUCACAUUUAUGGGCAGGGCUGCGCUGAAUGCUGCCUGGCUAGAGACCCAUACUGCGCCUGGGACGGUUCUCACUGCUCCAGAUACGUACCGGCAUCCAAGAGGAGGGCUAGGAGGCAGGAUAUCAAACACGGAGACCCAUCCAGUCACUGCUGGGACACGGAUGAUGUGUUUGGUAAGAACAUAGAAGAGAAGGUGAUGUAUGGUGUGGAGAACAACUCUUCAUUCCUGGAGUGUGUCCCUAAGUCACGGCAGGCCCAGAUCCGGUGGUUUAUACAGAGACCUGGUGCUGAUCACCGUCAAGAGGUGAAGCUGGAUGAUCGUGUAUUGGUGACAGAGCGAGGACUGCUGAUUCGCUGGCUGCAGCGCAGUGAUACCGGUUCGUAUUUCUGCACUGCUCAGGAGCACAGCUUCACCCGCACUCUCCUCAACCUCUCUCUGAGAGUGCUGGACCGCGGGCAGCUCCACGGACAGCAACGAGGGCCUCUGGAGGACCCCACGGCUAUGGCCGCCAUGGCGUCGGAGUCUCGGCAGCGCUAUAAGGACUACCUGCGUGUGCUGAGCGCGCCCUCUCUGGACGAGUACUGUGAGACGCUGUGGCACAGAGAGAAGAAACAGCGGCAGAAAGGCAAGUGGAAGCACAUCCAGGAGCUUCGCAAGAGCAGAAACAGACGGCACCACCAGGGGGCGCCCAUCUGAGACGUCCGUGUGAGGGAAGGUGUCCGUGUACAGCACUGGUGUGGGGAACAGCCCAUGUCCAAUAAUAAAGCUAUUACCAGUACAUAAAGAGAAAAUACAAAGACUGUUAAGACUGGGGAGUUUUGGUAAAGUCCUAUCCUGAAGGGACUUAUAUAGGGCUAUAUUCACACUGCCAGCUUGAUACUCAUUUUUGACAUAGAGUCUGCACAGACAGAAACCACAGGAAAUCCAAUUUUUGUUUUGCAAAUCUGAUGUAAAACACAUUUAGAGGUGGUUUGAAAUGCAAAUCCCAAUUCAGUUUGUACAGACAUAUCCUAGUCUGGAUGAUCUAGGUGCUCAAAUCAAAUUUCAUUGUGUCUUUUGUGUCAGAAAACCAUACAGAUACAUUUGUGAUGUCCUGAUAGGCAAAUCCAAACUGAUUCAGACGGUUCAGACAGUCCUCUUAUCGAAUCCAAUUAGCCUUCAGUUUGAACACAGCCUUAGUUUGGCAUAGUAUGUUUAUUUUGUUGCUUGAACACUCAGUUUGUUUAGUUGUGUUUGACCAGGGAAAUGACCAAAUUGUGCUAUUUAGUGGCCUUUAUGGACAUAAAUUGGAAAUGCUUGCCACUGCUUUUGUCUGUAACUAUUAAGCCCUUCUCAACAGGAUCCAUCUUCUAGACCACCCAUGAACUCACUGAGCCACAGAACCACAGAACUGGCCAGUUCUGAGCAACUUUUUUCAGACAUAAAUCCUAUUCUGUGUCUUCUGCUGGACGUUCUGCUCAUUUAAAACUUUGGAUCACUUUUACUCUUCUAACAUCAGAAAACACACCACAUGCCUAAAGGAUCAAUAUGUGCACAUUCAGUGCUUUAAUCAUAACCAGUAAUAAGAAUGCAUUCAUGUUGAAUGACUGUAAAUAUGUAUUCUGUACAGGAGAUUGUGCAUGCUGUAGUAUUGUUGACGGACAAAUGAAUCUUUUUGAAUUUUUGACCCCCGUUUACACUUGCUUGUUUUAAUGGACUAGUAUCUGGAUUAUGCUGAUUAAGGUUUUAUCCACAUGGUGUUCAAAUCUGCCUUUAUUUUGUUAGACUGAAAUCGGAUUCAUUCAUUUUAAAACAAACACUACUGGGUUUUUUCAGCACUAGUAGGAGGGGUUUUGGUCAUUGAAAUAUGGAUUAAGGGUCAAUUUAUGCUUCUGCGAUGAAUUUACAUCAUAGCUUACUUUGCAGUAUGUACCCUGCAGUAUAGCUUACACAGUAGCGUGAAUCAUAUCUACACAUUGGGGAAAUGCAGACUGCAGCAUCUGUGAUUGGUCUGGUGAAUAUUGUGUUCCAGACUAUACAUUCCUAUCUUCACAAUUAAACUGCAGAACGACACCAACGCACAAUUAUAAACGCACACAAUGGUGUAGGCCACUUGCACAGACUACGCUGUAGACAUUACACUGACUCGACACAGAAGUAAAAACCAGUUGCCCUUCCCUCGAAAUGUAACUACAUGUAAUGGCUAUAAAGCCUGCAGCAACUGUGAUUGGUUAAUGAGCAUCGUAUUCCUGCUUCACUGUUAAACUGACACAGACACAGCAAUGCACAAGUGUAAAUGCUCACAACAAUGUAGACCACUUGUGCAGGCUAAGCUGUAAAAUUUGUCUAAACUCAACACAGAAGUAUAAAUAUAUCUUCAAUUUGUUUUGGAUGUGUUUAUGUAUGCAUUUUAAUGUGGAUUUAUCUUGACCUCAUCUAGAUAUAAUCCUGAUGCUUAAGACUGAUAAAGUGACCAGGUUUAAAUGGGGGUCUUUGAUGAUAACUGAUGAAAACAUUUAUAUUAGGUAGGAUGAGUAUGAUAUUUUUGUAUAUUUCCAUUUGUGUCUUUUGUAGCUAGUUUGUUUACACUAUUUGAACUUAUUUAAGAUUACGACAGAGUUGAAAUAAACUCUUUUAUCUAAA